AUGUCUCACGAAUCCGUCUGGUUCUCCCGCCCGCGCACCUACGGCAAGGGCUCCCGCGAAUGCCGUGUCUGCACCCACAAGGCCGGUCUGAUCCGAAAAUACGGCCUCGAGCUCUGCCGUCAGUGCUUCCGCGAGAAAGCCGCUGACAUCGGCUUCACCAAGCACCGAUGA